AAAACAGCAGCUGAUCACGAGUUCAGGACCCCAUGGCCAUGCUUUUGCGAACCUAAGCAAACGAAUCGAGAUUCUCAAAACGACAGAAGUCUUAAAAACCACGUACUCGCACAGAGCCUGCAUAUGGAAGGAGAAAAAAGAAAGAUGAACGAGGAAGAUACAUAAAAACGACAAUCCGACAAAGAACACAACCACACAAGUUGUAAUGGCUAUCUAUGCUUCAUCUUCAUCGCCGACACAGAAGGGAAUAGUCAUAACAGUUCCAGUUCUCGUGCUCUCGGUCUCUGUCGCAGCUAUCAUGUUGUUCUUACUUUUCUCUUCUCUAUCUUCUUGUGAUUGUCCGGCUUCUGCUCCACCUUUAGAAAGCUUUGCCGGAGGUCGCGGUGGAGCAGGCGGAGGUGAUGUGGGUGCUAAAGUGAGGAUAUCGCCGACAAAAGAGGAUAUCGAAUGGGUCAAGGAUCAGAUCCGGGUGAAUGGAUUGCAUAUGCAAGACAACGUUCUCCGAAAAGGCAUUAAUCCUCGCACUAGGGCUCAGCAACUCGAAGAUCUGAUUCAGUACAAGGGCAUAUCACACUAUGAAGAGCCAGAAUCCAAUAAUCAUACAGCACUUCCUUGCCCUGGUGAGCUCCUUGUGGAAGAACACCAUAGCAACUACGGGGAGCCAUGGGCAGGUGGGCGAGAUGUGUUUGAAUUCCUGGCUGAAGCUGCGCAUCUAUCACCCAGCUCACAAGUGCUUGAGAUUGGGUGUGGCACACUACGUGUUGGGUUGCAUUUUAUUCGGUAUCUUAAUCCUGAACACUACCAAUGUCUAGAAAGGGACGAGCUCUCUUUAAUGGCUGCAUUAAGGUAUGAGCUUCCUUCACAGGGUCUUCUAUACAAGCGACCUCUGAUUGUGCGAGGGGAAGAUAUGGAGUUCUCCAAGUUUGGUGCAGGCGUUGUAUAUGAUUUAAUAUAUGCUAGUGCUGUGUUUCUUCACAUGCCUGACAAGCUUGUCUGGGUUGGACUAGAAAGGUUAGCGAGUAAGUUGAGACCUUACAAUGGGCGAAUCUUCGUGUCACAUAAUAUUAAGUUCUGUUCAAGACUGGGAGGUGAGGAAUGUACUAAGAGGCUGACCAGUUUGGGGCUUGCGUAUUUGGGAAAGCACACACAUGAUAGUUUGCUUUUUAAUCACUAUGAAAUUUGGUUUGAGUUUAAACGGUUCAAAGCCUAAGAGGUGUAGAUUAUAGUUUUCUUGGUUUUGGUUCUGGGUGAUUCUGAUUCAAGAUUGAAUUUUCCCUAGAUGUUAUAGGCAUGUUUUGUCAUUUCCGAUUAUUUAUCUCACCAUUUCUCAGAGGUUUAGCUCUUCAUCAUUCUGUUGAUAGUUGAAAGUGGAAGGGAGAAUCAGAGAUUGAAUAUUUUGAUUUAAGUAGAUGAUCUGUUUGUAGACAAAGUUGAAGAUUUUGUAUGCUCCCAGGGGAAAAUUUGUAUAAACUUGAUUUUAUCACUGAUUACAAAGGUGAGGGUUUCUUCUGCCAAUUAUGUAAUGGCGGAUUUAAAUACAGAACAUGCCCAUGGACUUAAAAAUUCUUUUUCUGGAAAUUUCUGUUUCUUCAUCACAGCUUCAAACUGUGAUGUGAAAUGCAACAGUUCAUUGCACUUCAACAAA